GUAAAUGCGGUUUGGACAGAAUGGCGCAUGAUAUGUCCAUUGAGUUGAAAAAUCGGGGCGCUCGUGUUAGCGUGGUUUCUCUGUGGCCUGGACCGGUCCGUACGGAAUACAUCCUUGAAAAUACAAAAACCAGUGUGAAUAAAAGUUUGCGUCUGGCGGCGAUUUUCGGUCGAGAAACGUGUAAGUUUGUUGUGGUCAUUAGGGGCGCCUUUUCUUAA